AUGAAUGAAUUAAUAGUUUUUGACACGAAUCAUUCAAAAUCAAUAAAUGAUUGUGAAUUGGAUUAUUAUAGCAAAAAAUUGGCAACAUGUUCAAGCGAUAAUACAGUAAAAAUAUUUGAUGUAAGUCUUUCAAAAGAUCCUGUAUGUAUAGCCGAAAUAAAAGAUCAUAACUCAGCUGUUUGGAAAGUGUGCUGGUCGCACCCAAAAUUUGGAAGUCUUUUAGCUAGCUGUUCAUAUGAUAAAAGUGUAAUUAUUUAUAAAGAAGUAAGUAUAAACAAAUAUGAAAUGAUAUACUUCAAUAAUGAACACAAAAGUAGUGUUAACUACAUUGAAUGGUCACCACAUGAAUAUGGUUUGCAUUUAGGAUGUGCAAGUUCAGAUGGACAUAUUAGUAUAAUUUCUUAUUCUAUGAAUAAGGAUCCUAAUGAAGGACAUUGGAAUAAAAAUAGUAUAAAGGCUCAUCUGAAUGGAACGACAUGCUUAAGUUGGGAAAAGCCUUAUAAUUCCCUAUCAAAUAAUAAAAAUUUGAAUGAUACUGAUUUUAUAAAUUCAUUUAAAUUGGUUUCAGGAGGAUAUGAUAACCAAGUCAUUAUUUGGAUGUUUGAUAAUAACACAAAAGAAUUUCAUAAAAUUUUUCAGAUGAAUGAUAAACCACACAAUUCAGCUAUAAAAGAUGUUUCUUGGAGACCUAACAUAAAUAAUUCAACAAAUAUCAUUGCUUCUUGUUCAGAAGAAAAAAUAGUUAUAUUAUGGGUAGAAGAUGUAAGUAAUAACAGAUGGAAAAAUGGUCAGGUUAUAAAAUUAAAACAUAAAAUUCAUAAAAUAAGUUGGUCACCGAAUGGCACAAUUUUAGCAAUAGCCUGUAGUGACGAGAAUGCUUAUUUAUAUAAAGAAAACAUGGAAGGAAUAUGGGAAGAGAUAUGUAAUUUAAAUGAUGAUAAUUCUUUAUCAGAUUCCUUUAAUUUACCAAAUGAAACAAAUAAAAAUAAUUUUCCUAUUAAUCAAGAAAAUAUAUCUUUAACAAAUAACACGCAGUUUGAUGAAUAUAAUACUUCAUAUAUGAAUGAAAAUUCAAAUAUUUCAAGUAUUAACAUGAAUUACCCAAAUAAAGGUAUUAAUAUAAAUAAUAUGCAUCAAUUAAAUUAUCAAAAUAACAAUUCCUUUAAUUCUUCUUCUCAAGAAAAUUAUGGAGCAAAUACAAAUUCAUUAAAUCUUCAAUAUGGAAAUUCACGUACGCAAGAAAAUAUGAAUUUAAAUAGUUCAAUUCAAGUUAAUCCAAUUCAAAAUAGUGCAGCACAAAAUAAUUUAAAAAAAAAUAACCCAAUGCAAAAUAAUCCAAUACAAAAUAAUCCAACACAAAACAUAUCAAGCGUACAUCAAAACAACCUCUAUGGUCAAACAUCUUCACCAACUGUUCCAUUAAACCCUAAUAUUCAUAAUUUUAAAAAUAAUGCAAAUCAACAAAAUUCAUCGCAAAGUUAUUUAAUGACGCAAAACAAAAAAAAUAGCACAAGUGUUGCAUCAAAUAUAAAUAGUUUUCAAAUGGGCAUACCACCACCACCUCCACCUCCUCCCCCAUCUUCACAAAAUAGUCCUUAUGGAAAUUCGAACUUUUCUUCUCAACAAUUACCAAAUUCUUCGUCUAAUUCAUAUCAACCUAAUUCAACUUCACCAUACUUUGCCCCACCACCACCAGCAUUAACAACAGCAGGGACAACAAAUCCAAUGAUAAAUAAACCUAAUUUUUCACCAUCCUCACAAAUAUCUACUAAUUUUACAUCACCUCAACUUUCAACUUUUCCAAAAGCAGCUACAUCUUCAGUACAACAUCCCUCAUUUUCAACUAUAAAUACAAAUAAAACUAAUUUCACACCACCCUCUCAGAUAACAAAUUUACCUAAUUCUUCUAAUUCAAUGCAACCACCCCAAUUUCAAAAUAUUAAUUCCAAUAAAACUAAUUUUAGUGCUCAACCUCCCCCACCACCACCACCUCCAUUUCCUUCCACAUCGACUUCACAAACUAAUGUAAAAGGUAUAAAUAAAAAAAAUAGUUUUUCUAAUUUUAAUUCUAAUGUGAAUCAAACAAAUAUACCUACCACCAAUUCUGCUAUGCAACCUACUAAAAAUAUGAAUGCUAAUUAUCCUCAAAUGGGUUAUCAUCCACCACCCCCACCCCCUAUGAAUGCAGUGAAUGAAACUAUUGUGAAGCCAACUAAUCAAUUCACUUAUCCUAAUUAUAAUACUUCACAACAAAAUACAAACAUUAAUAAUUGA